GGCAAUUCCAGUGACAGGGCAGUGAGGAGCUGAGUGUCCAUGCAUCCUGGCGCAUGAGGGUUAAUGGGAUAUGGGCUCAGGGGCUCCGGCACCCUGUCAGCCCAGUCAAACUCCACAGCAAUGCACCACCUCUACUGCUCCUCCAAUGGCCAGUAAGCAGGAGCGCACCUUCAUUGCCAUCAAACCUGAUGGAGUGCAGAGAGGACUUACUGGAGAAAUUAUCAAGCGUUUUGAACAGAAAGGAUUCAAGCUGGUGGGCAUGAAGUUACUCCAUGCCAGUGAGGACCUUCUCAAGCAGCACUAUAGUGACCUGAAGGACAGGCCGUUCUUCCCUGGUCUUGUCAGUUACAUGUCCUCUGGCCCUGUGGUUGCCAUGGUUUGGGAGGGAUGUAAUGUAAUAGAAACAGGAAGAGUAAUGCUGGGUGAGACUAACCCUGCUGAUUCUAAGCCUGGGACAAUUCGAGGUGACUUCUGCAUCCAAGUUCUCAGGAACAUCAUCCAUGGGAGUGAUUCUUUAGACAGUGCCAACACUGAGAUCAACCUGUGGUUUAAGCCAGAAGAGCUGUGUGACUACAGUAAAUGUCAUGACGACUGGAUCUAAAGGAUUUUUUCCCCCGGGCUUUCUUUUCCUUACCUUCUCUUUUCUUGAUCUUCAUUUUUUUUUGUGUUUGUGGAGUUGUUUCCCCUUUCCGAUCAACCUUCAGACUGUUCAUAAAAACCACAAAACACCAUUUUAUUAUUUUUAAAGCUUUUUAUAGAAUAUUUUGCAUACUGGGAAAGUAGCACAGUAGCCUGUUUCA